AAUAUGAGGCGAUCCCGUCGUCCGCAGAUCGUAUCGUAUUACUCUUGACUACGAAGCGCGGACGCAAUUAGACGCAACUGAACCCGACAACAAGUGCGGAAGGAGACAAGAGAGAAAGAGUAAGAGUGCCUCAUCAAGAUAUCAUGUCUUCGAUAUCGGCGCAGGGCGUCGUCGAGCGUGCCAGUGCCGAACUAACCAAACGAAUCAAUGGCCUGGGAUUACGGACGUCGAAGCAUCAUGGGAGCGGCAAGACCAGCGUGAUGGAACGCGUGACAAACGUCUUCUGCGGCGGCAGUGGUAGCGUCGCUUACAUGAAUUUGCAAAGCGCGAAUAAUGCGAAUGCGAUGCCCGAAAAGCCCAGUCGAAGUGCCGCACAGACCAUUAACAACGUACCAGCAGGCAACAAUAAAGAACGCUUGAAUAACGUCACCCCGAGCAGAAGUAGGAUACCCAGAAAUAGGAUGAAGAUAGCCGUUCCCCUGGCAAGUGGAGGAACCGGCGGUUACAUGCCACCGAUUACGUGGGAACAGUUGAUGCAAGACGAUAACUUCCUUGGACGAUUUUUUCUCUACUUUAACGCUACGGAAAGAAGAAUCUUGGCUCAAGUUUGCACGAGAUGGAGAGACGUUUUGUAUGCGAGACCACGUCUUUGGACGGGGCUGGUACCGGUGGUGCGAUGCCGCGAGGCUCGCGCUAUGCAAUCAAACGCACGUACCCGACUUUACGCUUCUUUAGUAAGAAGAGGCUUCGAUUCGUUAGUUCUCUUAGGUGCGACCGACGAAGAUAUUCCGGAAUUAACACGCGGUUUUCCGUUGGCUCAACGUUACGUGCAUUCUCUAUCAUUGCGAUGCUGCGCGGUGACGGACCGAGGUCUCGAAACUCUCUUGGAUCAUUUGCAGGCUUUGUAUGAGCUUGAAUUGGCCGGCUGCAAUGAGAUAACAGAGGCUGGCCUGUGGGCAUGCCUUACUCCCAGAAUAGUGUCGUUGUCUUUGUCGGAUUGCAUCAAUGUCGCCGACGAGGCUGUCGGCGCUGUGGCUCAGUUGUUGCCGAGCCUCUAUGAGUUUUCUCUGCAAGCUUAUCAUGUUACUGACGCUGCACUUGGUUACUUCAGUGCAAAGCAAAGCAGCGCACUUAGCAUCUUGAAACUGCAAUCCUGCUGGGAGCUCACAAAUCACGGCGUAGUAAAUAUUGUACAUUCCUUACCUAAUCUGACCGUACUGUCACUUUCUGGAUGCAGUAAAGUAACAGAUGACGGCGUUGAAUUAAUCGCGGAAAACUUGCCAAGACUUCGUUCCUUAGAUCUCAGCUGGUGCUCAAGGAUUACAGAUGCAGCCUUAGAAUAUAUCGCCUGUGAUUUGAAUAACUUAGAAGAACUCACAUUAGAUAGGUGUGUACACGUUACUGAUAUCGGCGUUGGUUACAUCUCCACGAUGGUUUCAUUGAGUGCUUUGUUUCUAAGAUGGUGUUCACAACUUAGAGAUUUCGGACUUCAACAUUUGUGCGUUAUGAGAUCUCUACAAGUGUUGUCUGUGGCAGGUUGCCCAUUGCUCACAAGUAGUGGUUUAUCUAGUCUGAUACAGCUUCGACACUUACACGAGUUAGAACUAACUAAUUGUCCAGGAACGUCCCGAGAACUGUUUGACUAUUUACGUGAACAUUUACCACGUUGCCUAAUCAUCGAAUAAAUAUUUAAUAAAAAUAUUUGCGAAUAAAAUUCUUUAUGAUAUGCAAACGUAUGUGUCAAACAGAAAGAAUUAAACUGCGAGAAACAGAUCUUAAUAGAAAAACUUCGCAGAAAGCAAUAUUUUGAAAGAAAGAUGGGAGCAGUGUAACUGAUAGCAGCAUAAGAAGUAACUGACGUCCAGAUAAUGAAAGAAUUACGUUUUCCUCGUAAUGGUCUAAGAGAAUACUAGCCCUCAAUAUAUAAUACGUAGACAUUUUUAAUACAUUAACGUCCCAUGCACUUCCGUUCGUUUCAUAUUUUUUCAUUCUGCCACGUAAUCAUGUUCUACAUGGGCAUGUAAGAUUGUGAUUGUAUCUAUAUCGAUUAGAUAAAACAGAAAGAAGACUCAAGCAUGUAAUGAUCAUGUACAAAAAUGAAUUCAGUAUUGUAGAAAAGAUAUUAGAAAAGAUUGAUAAUGCAUCAGAGAUGAGAGAUCAGUGAUUCCUUCUUUUUGCCUCCUAGUAAUAUAGAAAAUCCAAAUAAACAUAUAUAGCAAAAGACUCAACAGUUAGAACUGUGAUAAAUUUAUAUUGUACAUAAUUCUAAUUGGUUCGCAUACAUUUAAACUACAUUAUCAAGGGCAUUUGACGGAUGCAAUAGCCGCGAAAAAAUCAUUUGGUUAAUGAAUUUAAGACAUUAUUUAUUUAAGUAAUUACAUAUUGUUGUUGUUCGAUUAUUGUCUCCGCCAAAUACGUCUAUCGUGUGCAUUGUUCCAUUCUUUGCGAUUAUAGCUACAGUACACUUCACAUGUUACUUGAAAGAAAGUAAUUAGCAGAUAUUAAUUACACAGAAAAUAACAUUCCAAGUCGUAUUACCCGAUAAUCUAUUCAUGAAUACAUGAUUCGUGUUAUUUGUUUUGAUACAUGAAUUAUAGACAGAAAAUCAUGCGAUUCACAAUUGUAGCACUCGCGAUAACGUGAUAAACAUCGUCAUCCUUAUAUUAUCUUCAUAUAUCCCUAUGCAAUCGGUGUUUUCUAAAUUUUAAGACUUUACUAGCUGUAUUCUUUGUGGUUUCCAACUAAGUAUAUAUUAACGUAACAUAUAAUUAGAUAUAUUUCACGGAUUUCGCAAAAUAAUUUUAAUAAUUUGUGUGUUACGUCAGUAUGUGUCGUAUUACAUCUUUUAUUGAUAUAUAUCACAUAGAUAAGCUCUAUUAAUGACUAAAUAAGUGCAUCGUAUUAAUCAAUUUAAAUAAGCACCACAUGUCCGAGCUGCGCAUUAGGACAACAGCAAUAGAAUGCCAAAGAAUGUUUUUCUUAAUUUAUUAUUGUUGUAUUUACUAUUCAAAAUACAAAAACAUUUUUUAACA